GGGUGUCGGUGCCUUAUGAACCCGUUUGUCCCGCAGGUGCGUUCGGACCGGGACCGUUUCUUUAUUAACCUGGACGUGAAGCAUUUCUCCCCCGAGGAUCUGAGUGUGAAACUGCACGACGACUUUGUAGAGAUUCACGGGAAACACAACGAGAGACAGGACGAUCACGGUUACAUCUCCCGAGAAUUUCACCGCCGCUAUCGCCUUCCCUCCAACGUGGAUCAGAACUCGGUGAGCUGCACUCUCUCUGCCGACGGGAUCCUCUCCUUCUCCGGCCCCAAACUCCAACCCAACGUGGACUCCAGUCACAGCGACAGAACCAUUCCUGUCUCCAGGGAGGAGAAAUCCGGCUCCUCCUCCUAAAGGCUUGGCCCCACCCCCGGCCCAUUCUCUCGCUGCCCCGUUAGAUCUGCCCCCCUGUGUGUGGGAAGGCGGGGCAAGUGCAUAAUAAAGAGUUCUGACUAUCA